CCGGGCGGCCGCGGCCGCGGGCGCGGGCGCCGCCGGCAGCAGCGGCAAGGCCGCCGCCGCCGCCCCCAGCAGCAGCAGCAGCAGCAGCAGCAGCAGCAGCAGCAGCAGCAGCAGCGGGAAGUCGGCGCUGCAGCGGGUGCUGCGGCAGGCCCGGCCAGCCAUCACUCUGCUGCAAAUUGCGCAAAUGCUCGUGGGGAUGUUCUUAGCAGCAAACGGGGCUUUGAAGCUUUCAGAUCCGGAGCAGAUUUUGAAUGCCCAGAUAGCCCUGGCGAUGUACACUUCUUACGCAGUGUUGUUUCUGCGGCUGUACUGCAGCAGCUACUUGCCGCACCUCAGCAGCAACCGCGUGCUGCUGCUGCUGCUGCUGCACUUCCUCGCUGCUGCGGGCCUCUUCCAGCUCGCCGCCAGCCCCGCCAAGCCGGCCCUCCUCGCCCACCUUGCUGCUGCUGCUGCGCUCUCGCUGCUCCUCGCUUCCCUCUGCUCCAGCAGCAAACGCGGCGGAAGCAGCAGCAGCAGCAGCAGCAGCAGCAGCAGCCGCUGGCUGCCGCUGCUGCUCGCCUUCAGCUUCCCUUGCGGCUUGGCGAUGGCAGUCAAGAAGCAGCAGGACGAGGCCGCGGCGUGCGACGCAGCAGCAGCAGCAACAGCAGCAGCAACUCCUGCUGCAGCACAGUCUCCCGAACGCCCCGCGUCUGCUGCAGCAGGCGCGCCAACUGCGGCCGCGAGCAGCAGCAGCUCAGACGGCGCACUGUCGAGCAGCUGCUGCUCUGCUGCAGCAGCAGCAGCGGGAAAGCCAGCAGCAGCAGCGCAGGGGCCGCAAGGCAAAGGUUUGAUACGCCAGCUGACACACAAAAAAGCAACUAUUAACCUCACGUGGCUGCAGCUUGCUGCUGCUGCUGCAGGAGCUGCUGCUCCUGCGGUUAUCGACGUGAAACGCAGCAUAAGCAAUAGCAGCAGCAGCAGCGACAGCAGCAGCAGCAGCAGCAGUUUGCAGGCAGGGCCCACCAACCAGCUUCUCCGCGCAGCAGCAGCAGCAGCGGCACGAGUAGCAGCAGCACGGUAUGUGCUGCAGCAACACUGGCUACUGCAACAGCAGCUGCAGCAAGAGUUGCUGCAGCUGCUGCAGCACCAAAGCCGUAGUGAUGCAAAAGACCAGUCGGGAGGUCUGAACUCAAUGAUGAACCAUUUGUAA